GGUCCGUGCCCGCUCCUCCCUCCCCUCCGCCUGCCAGGCGAACAAAGGGGCUGAGCGCGGCCCCGCGCCCGCCCGGCCCCUCCGCCAGCUCGGCCCCUGCGUUUCAGCCAUUUGCCUCGCCUGGCAUCGCCCCGCCGCUCCCUCCCCGCCUCCCCGGCCUCCCCGCCGGCUCCCGCGCCGUGGGCGAGGCGGCGGGGCCGCUGCGCUGCAGGAGCUGCCCCGGGCGGAGCGGGGCUCGGCAGCCGCUGGAGGAAGGGGGAAUGCAUGUAAGGAGCAGUGAUAAGAAGAAUACUUGGCAAAGGUCAUGCAAAGACAAACUUGACUAGUGGGGAAUCGCCUUCCAGAAUCGAUUGCAACCGCAGCCUUCCACUGAAAUAGUUGCACAAGGUGAUGGCCGCCCCGCCGCGGCCGGCAGCGCUCCGCACGGGCUCGGCGCGGCGCCGCCAAAGGUAGCGCGGCUCCAUGGAAGGCUCCAUGGAGGGCAGCGCGGCCCCGGAGGAGGAGGAGAGCGGGGUCGCGAACGGGGCCCCCCCGCCGCCGCCGCCUCCCACCCCGGCCGCCCCUUGCGGCUUCAGCUCCUCCCUCUGCUUCAGCGCCGCCGCCGCCGAGCCGCAGCCGCCCGCGGCCGGCGGCCGGGUGGUGCAGAGCCAGUGGGAGAUCAACAACGCCGCCUGCCAGCCGGAGGAGGACGAUGAGGAGGUGGUGGGGCCGCGGGACCGGCCGGCGGAGGAGCCCGACCUUGUGAUCGAGGUGUCGGGGCGUCGCAUUCGGGCGCACAAGUCGGUGCUGGCGGCCAAGAGUGACUACUUUCGUGCCCGCGCCUCCCGGGACGUCCUGCGGGUGAAGGGGGUGAGCUACGGGGCGCUGCGGCUUCUCAUCGACUACGUGUACACGGCCCGCAUGGGAGAGGUGCGGCACGACAACCUGGCGGAGGUGGUGAGCGGCGCCCGCGUCCUGCAGAUGCCGUGUGCCCUGCACUGUGCCGCCGAGGCCAUGCGCGCCCAGCUCUGCCUCGGCAACUGCUACCAGCUCCUCUGCCUGGCCAAGAAGCAGCGGCUGGCGGAGCUGCGGGAGGCUGCCUAUCGCUUCAUGAGCGACCAUUACCUGGAGGUGCUGCGGGAGCCCAGCGUGUAUGGCCGCCUCAGCGGCACUGAGCGGGACCUCAUCCUGCAGCGGCGCAUGGAGGCCGGCCGGCCCUGCCUGCUGGUGGCCGAGGUCAGCGAUGCCUUCGAGCGGCCGGGUGGCGGCAGCCGGCCACAGAGCCGCGAAAGCAGCCGGCCGCAAAGCCCCUCCUCCGUGGUGUCCCUGGAGGAGAGCGGCUCCCUCAUCCACUGCUACCAGGAGGCCAGCGGCGAGUGGAGGGUGCUGACACGCCUGCCCGAGGAGGCCAAUGCCAAGGGCUGUGCCAUGUGUGUCCUCCACAACUACCUCUUCCUUGCAGGGGGUAUCGUGACAGGGCCGGUGGGCAGUGAGCCCAGGGCCCGCCUUUCCGACAAGGUCUUCUGCUACAACCCCCUCACUGACACCUGGAGCCAGGUGCGGCCGCUGGCCCAGCCCCGCUCGCAGCUCAAGCUGCUGGCCCUGGAUGGUUACCUGUACGCUGUGGGGGGUGAGUGCCUCUUCACUGUGGAGAGGUACGACCCGCGGGCCGACCGCUGGAGCCCUGUGGCACCACUGCCCAAGGGUGCCUUCGCUGUGGCUCAUGAGGCCACCACUUGCAACGGGGAGAUCUAUGUGUCAGGAGGCUCCCUCUUCUACCGCCUGCUCAAGUAUGACCCCAAACGUGACGAGUGGCAGGAGUGCCCUUACAACAGCAGCCGCCGGCGCUCAGCAGACAUGGUGGCCUUCAAGAGCUUCAUCUACCGCUUUGAUGUGAGCAGUGGCCGUGGUGGGGAGCCGGGCCCAGGUGGUGGGACUGCUGGUGGUGUCGAAGUUUUCCGGUACAACACAGUGGCUAAGUGCUGGAGCCAGUGUGCCAGCUUGCGGCCCAGCGGCGGCCCCAUCCAGCCCUUCCGCUGUGCCCCCUUGGGCAACACCAUCUACUGCGUCAACCGGACCGGCACCCUUCGCUUCAGCCUAGCCCAGGACGGAGAGGUGGAAGCAGAUGGUGGGCUCAAGGGCACUUUUGAUGGGGAGCUUCUCAAAGCUCCCUUGGAUGUCAAAGGUGUUCUCCUACCCUUUGUGCUUACCCUGCCUGAGAGGCUGGACAAAGCAGGGGACCAGGAGGGCUCCCUCCCACUGUGAGGUGGUCAGCCUGGCUCUGGCUUCCUGAGAGGGGACCUAGGUUGCAGCUGUGGGAGACCCACAAACUCCCACCUAACAGAGGGGAUUCACCCUGGUGAGUCUGCAGAGAAAAGAGGCUCCCCCUUUCCUCCUCUCUGCUCCCAAGAUUUUGAGCCGGUUGUAACUCUUCUCAUGUUUGCUGUGCUUUGUUUGAAAAGCCAAGCACAUGAAAGUAAAAGCUGCUAUAUUGGAUAAUCUCUGGAUUACGUUUGUGCCAAUUCCCAAUCUGAGAAAAACGGUUUUACACCUGGAUAUCUAAAAUAUUCCUGACUACAGUGUCAUAAUGGGACGUUAGUGUUGGUUGUGUGUUUACACAUAGUUGCAAUCUGGGCUGGAGCCUUUUCUGCUAUUUGGGGUUUUUCCCUCUGGGAUGAUACCAAGGGAUAAACUGCUGGCAACAUAGUUUAGCUGAAUUUGUUUUUAUGUUAAACCAGCUAUUUCCUGUGUCAAAAAAGUAUAGGAAGAACAUCUUCAUCACAGCCUUUCAUUUCUGGUGCAAUAGAUGGUUUAAGGAAGAUGUGGCACUGUGUGGUCCCUGAAAUUUCAACCACAGAUGAUUUAACACAUACCAGACUUAAAGUAACAGAAAUGAGUGCCACAUGUUAUACUUAGAAUACAAAAAACCCCCAAACAACAAGUUACCUUUUUAAAAUGUGGCAUAUUAUAGCACAUAUGAAAUGUUGACGUGUUCUUUAUUUGAAAAAAGGAAUGGUUUCUAUAUGAAAAGACAUUUUAUUACUUUUUUUAAUCAGAGAUUUUAAAUUAUAACAAAAACGAACUGAAGCUGUUCAGACUGCAGCCGAUUGAUGUGACCAUGUAUGCCACUAGAGCUGGGGAAAAACUUUGUACUUCAGCUGCUCUUUAAUUAACUGCAGGUCAAGGAAGGUUAACCUAAACCAAAUGUAAGUUCUUUGAAACUGACUGCAAACAGCUUAAAUGUUUCACUGUAUGUUCAGUAUCCUGUGGCAAGAGGCUUUUCCAGCUUGGUUCAAGAUCAUCAAAGGAGGACAUGGAAAAUAGGAAUGCGCAACACAUGUUGAUUAUAUUGUGCACUAGCAUGUUGUUACCUCCCUAUCUUUUGACUGAGAGACUGCUUUAUUUAUUUUGAUCUCAUGAUUGCUGUAAUCAAUAAGUUCUUGUUAAUUGCAGUACGUGCUGAUGGCGUACUCUGUCAUUGUGAUUUUAAGUUGCCCAGGAGAGCUGUUUGUGGAGCAGCAUCCUAAUGAGACAAAACCAUACAAAGCUCCUUCUUGCCUGUGGAAAGUUGUAGUAUACUUUUUGUCAUGUUACUCAGAACUGGAAAAGAGUAAAUUGUCUACACAGACAGACUAUAUUGAAAAAGACACAUGCAUUUAUUUUAUACAUUUUAUAAUG